AUGCCAUCUAACAUUAUGCUUGUUGCAACUUUUCUAGACCUUCACUUUAAAAACUUUGAUUGGUAUAAUAGUAAUAAUAAGAAUGAAGCUAAAGAAUUAGUUCAAGAAUUAUAUGAUAAUACAAAAAAGGAUCUUUUACCUAAACAUAGUAUUAAUAGUAUUAUUAGCUCUUUAAAUGAUAAUGAUGAUAUUUUUAAAGCAUUAAGAGAUAAGAAAAUAAAUGUGAGAGAUGAUAAUAAAGUG